AUGGAGCUCAGCAAGGAGGCAGCCCUUUUGUUUGUGCUGGUGCUCGGAGGGACACUUUGCACCGUGCAGCCCAAGAAACUGGUGAGAUGCCCCAACACAUGCAGAUGCACCAAGGAAUCCGUCAUCUGUGUCGGCGCUCCCUGGGUGCCCAAGGCCAUUCCCGGCGACAUCAGCUCCUUGAGCCUGGUCAAUGGGACAUUUUCUGAAAUCAAGGAGAGGACAUUUUCCCAUCUGCCCACCCUGCAGCUGCUCUUGCUGAAUUCUAACUCAUUUACUGUCAUUCGAGACGAUGCCUUUUCCGGACUAUUUCACCUCGAGUACUUAUUUAUCGAAGGAAAUAAAAUCGAGACCAUUGGGCGACAUGCAUUCAGAGGACUGCGCGACCUGACCCAUCUUUCCCUGGCCAAUAACCACAUUAAGAGUUUGCCAAGAGACAUCUUUAUUGAUUUAGAUUCCCUCAUUGAACUAGAUUUGAGAGGCAAUAAAUAUGUAUGUGACUGCAAAGCCAAGUGGUUGUUUUCCUGGUUGAAAAUGACCAAUUCUACUGUAUCUGACGUAUUGUGCGUGGGCCCAUCGGAAUAUAAAGGGAGAAAGCUAAAUGAACUGCCAAGUUUUGACUCCAACUGCAUAACAACAGAUUUUACUGUUCAUCAAGUUUUGCCCUAUCAUUCAGUUUCCGUGGAUACAUUUCAAUACAAGAAUGAUGUCUUUGUGGCCAUUGCUCAGCCCAGCAUGGAGAACUGUAUGAUUUUAGAGUGGGAUCACAUUGAAAUGAACUUCAGAAGUUACGACAAUAUCACAGGUCAAUCAAUUGUUGGAUGCAAGGCUAUUCUCAUAGAUGACCAAGUGUUCAUGGUGGUGGCACAGCUGUUUGGUGGCUCUCAUAUUUACAAGUACGAUGAAAGCUGGGCCAAAUUCACUAAAUUCCAAGACAUCGAAGUCUCGCAGAUAUCCAAACCCAAUGACAUUGAAUUAUUUCAGAUUGAAAGUGAAACUUUUUUUGUCAUUGCCGACAGCUCAAAAGCUGGUCUCACGACCGUCUAUAAGUGGAGCGGCAAAGGGUUCUAUUCGUACCAGUCGUUGCACGAGUGGUUUAGAGACACCGACGCUGAAUUUAUUGAAAUUGAGGGAAAAGCUCACCUUGUGUUAUCCAGUCGAUCCCAAGUUCCUUUAAUCCUUCAGUGGCACAAGAUCACAAAGAAAUUCGUCCCUCAUGGAGACAUACCAAACAUGGAAGAUGUUUUAGCUGUCAAAAGCUUCAAAAUGAAAGACGAACUCUACAUUUCAUUGACCAGAUUUAUAGGGGACUCCAAAGUCAUGAAAUGGAACAGCAAGCAGUUUAUUGAGGUCCAGGCUCUGCCGUCUCGAGGUGCUAUGAGCCUGCAGCCAUUUACAUUCAAGGACAGACACUAUCUGGCACUGGGAAGUGAUUAUACAUUUUCACAAAUAUACCAGUGGAACAAAGAGAAGAAGACUUUUGAAAAGUUCAAAGAAAUCUUUGUUCAAGCACCGCGUUCCUUUACGGCCGUGUCACCUGACCGCAGGGAUUUUGUAUUUGCUUCAAGUUUUAAGGGGAACACACAGAUUUUCGAACACAUUAUUGUUGAUUUGAGUUUGUGAGAACUCUUCUCUUUGUGAGAAAUCUACCGCCAUGUAAACCAGAUACAUUGAGCACCAUAAAGCCAAGAGAGAGACGGCAAAUGAACAUCUACUGGUCAACUCAACUUCGGGGGAAAAAUACAUUUUAGUUUGUACUUGCAAAAUGAUAGCUAACUGCAUGACCAUGUAUGUUUUAACGACUUCACUUGUUUUUUUUUAAAUAUUAGGUAGAUGCUUUGGAAUGUUUUUACCAUAAAAAACUAAUACCAAACAGUGCGAGUUAUAAGAACAGAGCAUACAAGUUUUACUUAUGAAUGAGGAUUGUUAUAUUGUCCUAUGCCAUUUAUAUACAGUAUGGUUACUUUAUUGUUGCACAUCUAUUUUGCUUUCAUUGUUUAAAGGGAUACUGUCAUGGAAAAACAUGUAACAUCAGUUAAUAGUGGUGCUCUAGCAGA